GCCCAGCCCCUUCCCUCAAACCCAUGUUUCAGUCCUAACCUGGCUGCCCUCCCCGUCGGGGGCACAUUUCUCGGUGCCCCUUGCACAACCCGUCUAACUCGGGCGCCAUGAAUGACCAGUAUCACCGGGCCGCCAGGGAUGGCUACUUGGAGCUCCUCAAGGAGGCCACCCGGAAGGAACUGAAUGCCCCUGACGAGGAUGGCAUGACUCCCACCCUCUGGGCUGCCUAUCAUGGCAACCUGGAGUCUCUGCGCCUCAUUGUAAGCCGAGGGGGUGACCCGGAUAAGUGUGACAUCUGGGGAAACACACCCUUGCAUCUGGCAGCUUCUAAUGGCCACCUACACUGCCUGUCCUUCCUUGUAUCCUUCGGAGCCAACAUCUGGUGCCUGGACAAUGACUACCACACGCCUUUGGACAUGGCUGCUAUGAAAGGUCACAUGGAGUGCGUGCGCUAUCUGGACUCCAUCGCAGCCAAGCAGAGUAGCCUCAACCCCAAGCUGGUGGGCAAACUGAAGGACAAGGCCUUUCGCGAGGCGGAGCGGCGUAUCCGCGAGUGCGCCAAGAUGCAGCGCAAACACCAUGAGCGCAUGGAGCGGCGCUACCGGCGAGAGCUGGCCGAACGCUCCGACACGCUCAGCUUCUCCAGCCUCACGUCCAGCACCCUGAGCCGCCGGUUGCAGCACCUGACGCUGGGCAGCCAGCUGCCCUACUCGCAGGCCACGCUGCACGGUACGGCCAAGGGCAAGGCCAAGAUCCAGAAGAAGCUGGAGAGGCGCAAGCAGGGGGGCGAGGGCACCUUCAAGGUCUCCGAGGACGGGCGCAAAAGCGUCCGAUCGCUCUCGGGUCUGCAGCUGGGCAGCGAUGUGAUGUUUGUGCGCCAGGGCACUUACGCCAACCCCAAAGAGUGGGGCCGUGCCCCACUCAGGGACAUGUUCCUCUCGGAUGAGGACAGUGUCUCCCGUGCCACACUGGCUGCCGAGCCUGCCCACUCGGAGGUCAGCACCGAUUCAGGCCACGAUUCCUUGUUUACUCGCCCCGGCUUGGGUACCAUGGUAUUUCGAAGGAACUAUUUGAGCAGCGGGCUGCACGGGCUGGGCCGCGAGGACGGUGGCUUGGAUGGGACAGGGACGCGGGGUCGGCUGCAGAGUUCCCCCAGCCUGGACGAUGACAGCCUGGGCAGUGCCAACAGCUUGCAGGACCGCAGUUGCGGGGAGGAGUUGCCCUGGGAUGAGCUAGACUUGGGCUUGGAUGAGGAUCUGGAGCCUGAGACUAGCCCCUUGGAGACCUUCCUGGCUUCCCUGUACUUGGAGGACUUUGCCUCCCUCCUACGGCAGGAGAAAAUUGACCUGGAGGCUCUGAUGCUGUGCUCUGACCUCGACCUCCGCAGCAUCAGUGUGCCCCUGGGGCCUCGGAAGAAGAUUCUAGGGGCCGUGAGGAGGCGCAGGCAGGCUCUGGAGCGUCCCCCGGCGCUGGAGGACACAGAGUUGUGA